AUGAAAUUCGCAAUCUUCUCCGUCAGCUUUCUCGCUGCCUUCGUUGCAGCCGCACCUGCUUCCGUUGGAAAGCUCAACAAGCGCGCCACUGCCUCCGAUGCCGCCUCUGUAGGUUACGCUACCCAGAAUGGCGGUACCAAAGGUGGUGCCGGUGGCUCUACCACCACUGUUUCCUCCCUUGCUGCCCUUCAGACUGCGGCAACUUCGUCCGGCUCGAAGGUUAUUGUUGUUAAGGGAACCAUUACUGGUAACACUGUCAUCAAGGUUGCAUCUGAUAAGACCAUCGUUGGUGCCAACUCUAACGCCGUUCUCUCUGGCGUUGGUCUCCGCGUGAACGGCGUCUCGAACGUUAUCAUCCGCAAUUUGACCAUCAAGAAGGUCCUCGCUACUGCCGGUGAUGCCAUCGGUAUCCAGGCUUCCAAGAAUGUCUGGGUUGACCAUUGCGAUCUGUCUUCUGACCGUGACCACGACAAAGAUUAUUACGAUGGACUCCUCGAUGUCACCCACGCCUCUGACUACAUUACCCUUUCCAACAACUUCCUCCACGACCACUGGAAGGCAUCCCUCGUCGGUCACUCUGACUCUAACGGUUCCGAGGACAAGGGUCAUCUCACUGUCACCUACGUCGGUAACUUCUUCUACAACUUGAACUCCCGUGGUCCUUCUUUCCGUUUCGGUACCGGUCACAUCUACAACAACUACUACCUCUCUGUCUCCGAUGGUAUCAACACCCGCCAGGGUGCGCAGUUGUUGGUUGAGAACAACGUCUUCGUUGACUCUGACAAGCCUCUUUACUCCACCGAUGCUGGUUACGCUUACGCUUCUGGCAACGACUUCGGUGAUGGCGAGAACACAGCCCUUACUGGUACCCUCAAGUCGGUUCCUUACUCAUACACCAAGGUCGCGGCAUCCGCUGUCUACUCUGCUGUCUACGGAACCGCUGGUGCCACCCUCACCUUCUAA